CUGGCUCGGCCACGCAGCCGCCUGGGAGCCUCUCCCAUCGCAGCCGGGCUGUGCGGGGCAGCGCUGCCUCCCCGUCCAGGGCUCACCUCUGGCUGGCUCUUACUCGCCCCUGCUCCGGCCGCUUGUUCUGCAGCGCUGGCAGCCGGAGCCCGCUGGCUGCCCGGGAGAACAGACGGGCCAGCUGCCCAUGUACUCGGGAGGGGCGAGGUCGGGACGUCCCGCCGGAGAACCGGGCCGGAUGCCGUGCGAGGGGCUCUGCCUGCCCCCGCCCCCCCAGAGCCUCAGCCUAUGAGCCAUUAACCAGGAGCAGCUGCCGCGGGAAGGAGCCCAGCCGCCUGCUAGCCCCGCCGGAGCCCCCCAUGCGAAAGGUUUGGGUGCCUGGGUUCUCCCCAGCAAAGUCGGGCUCCAAAUGAUGAGCGUGCUAGCACCCGUCCGGAGGGACCGGAUCAUUGCGGAGCUGCCUCAGUGCUUUCACAAAGAGGCCGCCCUCCAUUCGCGCUCCAGCUUUCAUCCCCAAGUAACUGGCGCCUGCCAGGAGCAGCGAACGGGGACAGUGGGCAGGUUUAAGAUCUCCAAGAUCAUCGUGGUGGGAGACCUGUCAGUGGGCAAGACCUGCUUAAUCAACCGGUUCUGCAAGGACACAUUCGAUAAGAACUACAAGGCGACCAUCGGGGUGGACUUCGAGAUGGAGCGCUUUGAGGUGCUUGGUGUCCCCUUCAGCUUACAGCUGUGGGACACGGCUGGCCAGGAGAGGUUCAAGUGCAUCGCAUCCACCUACUACCGUGGAGCACAAGCGAUAGUGAUUGUGUUCGAUGUGAACGACGUGGCGUCUCUAGCGCACACCAGGCAGUGGCUGGCCGACGCCCUGAAGGAGAACGACCCCUCCAAUGUGAUCCUCUUCCUGGUGGGCUCAAAGAAGGAUCUGAGUCCGCCUGCGCAGUACAGCCUCAUGGAGAGAGACGCCAUCAAGGUGGCCAAGGAGAUGCAGGCGGAGUACUGGGCUGUCUCCUCGCUCACCGGGGAGAACGUGAGGGAGUUUUUCUUCCGCGUGGCCUCGCUGACCUUUGAGAGCAGUGUGCUGGCCGAGCUGGAGAAGAGCAGCGCCAGGAAGAUCGGGGACAUCGUGCGGAUUCACAGCACUGACAGCGACCUGUACCUGACGGCGCAGAGGAGGAAAUCCAAGUGCUGCCUGUGAUGGGGGACGCCAACCCUGCCCCGCU